AAAAGGAAUAAGGUUCUUAAUAAUUUAUACAAAAACUUUGUUUUUAAGCAUAUUUUUUGGUGAAUUCACAUUUUAUGUUCGGUGAAAUUUGAUAUUGCUGUGAAUUUAUGAAGUGGAAAAAAAAGAAUUGUUCUGGGAGUAUAGAGAAGUGAACUACGGUUAUAUUGUAUUUCAAAUCUUCAAAAUAUUAGCUAAAUCUAGAAAGUGUUUAGUGAAAUUUGUAUCGAAGUCUUUCCGGUUUGCAAUUUUGUGAUAAUGUCUUUGCAGUGGACAUUUAUUGCUGGUUAUUUAUAUUUUGAAAUUGCUGUUGUCAUCAUUAUGAUAUUACCGAUAUUCAGUCCGCGGCGAUGGCAUCAGUUUUUCAGGUCAAGUCUCUUCGCAAUGUUCCAACAUCAUGCCGCAUUGUACUUCUAUGCAUUUCUAGGCGUUUUGACAUUAUUCUUAAUGGACGCUAUCAGAGAAAUGAGAAAAUAUUCAAACAAUUCUGAACCAUUACCAUCACAUUUAUCAACAGAAAUGAAAAGUCAUGUAAAACUGUUCCGCGCUCAAAGGAACUUUUACAUUACAAGUUUUGCUAUAUUUCUAGCAUUUGUCAUCAAACGCUUAGUUACAAUGUUGAUAAUUCAAUAUGAGCUUGAACAAAAGGCAGAAAAAAUUAUCAAACAAGCGGAAGAGACUGUGAGUCAAGCUAAAAAGGCUUUGCUUGACAAUGAUAAUCAGCUCGCAGAAGCUCAAAAUUAUAAAGAAAUAAAGAAUGUUCUGGAAGUUACUGAGAAUUUGCUGGAAGAAGAGAAAUUGAAAACAAAAGAAUUGGAAGAAGAGGCAACUAAAUGGAGACUUAAAUAUGAACAACUAGAAACUUCGAGUGGAAAAGGCGAUGAAUAAACUAUAAUAAAAUGUAUUAUGUGGUAUUAAAAUUACUAAAAGAUGCUGCAUAAUUACGUAACUGAAGUAAAAAAUACUGAUUUUACAAAGCUUCUAUAAAUCUAUAUUAAUGAUAUUAACCCAUGUAGUAACUUCCAUAAUAACAUGUAUUUUCUACUGCAUUUUAAAACAAGUUUUUGUAAGGAACAAAACAUUUCAUUGUAUAUUUGGCUGCAAUAAUGUAGUAUUUAAUUGUAUAUGUUGAAAUUAUUUUAUUCAAGCAUUUAAAACAAACUUUUUAAAAUCUUGAGACUGAUUAUGUUAUUUGAAGAUAUUUUGGCUUAUUUGUAUAAUUUAUAUAAAUCUUAGUUAUUAGCAAAAAUUGGGAUUUAAGUUUGAUAAAAGGUAUUGUUUUCUAACUAUUUUCGAAUUAUAAUUAAAAAGUGUAGUAUGUACUUAUUUUCUAUGUACACUGUCAAAAAUUUAAAAUAUUUUUAUAUGUUUAUAAUAAUCUAGUCUGUUAUUUUGCUUUUUCAGUGGCUGUCUAAGUGUUUUUUUACCUUUUUUUAAGACAAUGAUGGUUAUUACUAAAUGGUAUUUUCACAUACAAUUUUAAAAAAAAUCUUUCUCCAUCUAGGUUAUAAGACAUGAAGUAUGUUAGAUUUAUUCUUGUUUGUAAAGCUUAAUAACAAAACAUUAAAUGUUGAAAAUUUGUGAUAUCUAUGUCGUUUGAGCUAAUAAAGUAAUUUAUGCAAA